GUAGGAUUCACACCAGGAUAUUCCGGCGACUCCAGCUCGUCGGAAUAACUCCAUAUUUCUGGCAAGUUUUCUUAUUCUCACGUUGGUGCUUGGUCACGGAUCCCCCCUUCGGGGCACUCCGUGACGAGGCUAUACAGUGUUCUGUUUUGUAGGUUAAAAGGAAGGCCCAUCGGAGCGUUGACGAGUCUCAUUAACCUCCAGGCGGAGUUUGGGGAUUCGACACUAAUGUUUGUGUAAACCAUAAUAUAGUUUAUAAGUUUUGUUUUUUUUAUAUCUUUGGCUUUUUCAUUUUUGAAAGUAUAAUUUGGAAACCAUGAUGGAAUUCCUUCCAUCUAAAGUGUAUCAGAAAUACUACUGUUACAUACAUAAACUAUGGCAACCUAUCACAAUUCAGAUGACAACUGAAGGAAACUUACUGCUAAACAAUCAAAACUUAGUUGCAAAGUCAAAAUAGACACAAACACACACACACACACACAAUUAAUAAAUCAAAAUAUUACACAAAAGUGACGCCUUAAAAAGUAAAAAAAAAAAACCACAUUUGAAAAUUUGCAUACACUAAAUAUGUGGUCCGAGCCCCUUUCUUCCGCACCAUAUCUUUCAAUAAUCUAAAACACCACCAUUUUGGUGAAUUCACACAAACACCAAGAAAUACGGUAUUACAUACAAAUUUUGUUCUAAUUUUAGAAUGUCUUCAACAUCAUAAAUACCACCAAACACAUUUUUGCAUAUCUAAACAUUCAAUUCAAACCCAAAAAUCUAGUCACAAUCACAAUGGAAUUCAAAUCAUGUCUGGUUUUCGCCAUUUUUAUGUUCAUAGCCAUCGCGCAGGCUGAAGUUUUCGACAUUACAAAAAAAUACGGUGCUAAGCCGGACGGGGAGAUUAGUAAGGCCCUGGCUGAUGCAUGGGCCGCUGCAUGUUCGGCACCUCAACCGAGCCAACUGCUCAUUCCCAAAGGCCGAUUUUGCUUGAAUGUGAUCGAGUUUAACGGACCAUGCAAAUCUCCUGUCGAGGUUAAAAUCGAUGGAACUUUAAUAGCUCCUGAAGAUCCUGUGGUCAUUCCAAAAGGAUCCCAAUGGAUCACAUUUAGCUAUAUCACUGGCUUGAAAGUAACAGGUUCUGGUACGUUAGAUGGUGUUGGAGGGUCCAUGUCAUGGUCAACGGACGACCCAAAAACAACCGUUGAAAAAGGCUCACCCCUUCAAUAUGUAUGCAUAUCUUUACGAAAUCUUUUCUUUAACUUCCUCAAAGAUUCUUCGAUUAGCGGAAUAACUUCAAAGGAUAGCAAGAAUUACCACGCGAAUGUGGUGCAAUGUACGAAUGUUACGUUUGAAAAUUUCCGUGUUAGCGCACCUGGAGAGAGCCCCAACACGAUUGGAAUCCAUGUCGGGUGGUCGAAAAACAUCAAUAUCAAGAAUUGUGUUAUAGGAACCGGUGAUGAUUGUAUCUCAGUUCGCGAUGGAAGUUUAAACGUGCACAUUGAGGGAGUGAAAUGUGGUCCGGGCAAGGGUAUUAGCAUUGGAGGUUUGGGUAGAAACACUGGUGAGAAACCGGUGGCAGGAGUUUUCGUGAAGAACUGCUCGUUUUCGUCCACACAGAACGGUGUUUGGAUUAAAACAUGGCCCCAUUCACAUCCAUUAGAUGUUUCCGAUAUUCAUUUUGAAGAUCUUACCAUGGAGAAAGUUGACAACCCUGUUUUCAUUCAGCAAGAUUAUUGCCCUCAUAUCGAAUGCAAAAAAGAUAGUCCAUCGAUGGUUAAGAUUCGUGAUGUUUUCAUCAAGAAUGUUAAGGGAACUUCGAACUCGCCGGAAGUUGUGAAGCUGAGAUGCAGCAAGGCUGGUAAAGGAUGUGAGAAUGUGCAGAUUUCUGACAUUAAUUUGAAAUAUGAUGGUCCUGCAGGCAAAGCAAUUCAAGAAUGCCAACAUGUGAAGCCGGUUUAUACCGGCCAACUUGUUCCACCAGGCUGUGCAAAGUCUUUUGAAGUGUAACUCAAAGUUGAAGGUAGCUGUAUAAAGUGACCGUUUGCAGCAAUCGAUCAGUUAGAAUAAGAAUGGGUCAAUUGGAGUCCAAGUUUUAGGAUCGUUUGUUGCAAAAUAAACGUGCGGUCCUUUUUUUUAUUUGUUUAGUUUUCUAGUUGUUUGUUUGCCUGUUUAA